CAGUAAUCAUUUAGUUGAUAGAUAAUCUUGCUGUGAUAUUGUAAUCAUCUUCUUUCAAGUGAUGAUUGUAAGCUUGCUUAGUUUUACUUAAUUUUAUGAACUGUCUGUUUUGUUUCAUGUACCACUGUAGUGAUUAGACUACACAUUGUUUAAUUCCGAGAUAAAUCCUAGGCAGAUAUACAGAUUGAUGACUGGGAUCAUGACUGAAGGUGUUUCUGUGGCCUUAUUUUGAUCAUGAAACCCAUGAAGUGUUCGAUUGUGCUGAGACACAGUGGGGUAUUAAUGUUGUCUGGGAAAAACAGUAGGAUAUGUGUACAACCAUUGAAGGCAAUUGUCCUACAAAGGAUGCUUCGACCCUUUCAGAUAUUAGUCCGGAAACAUGUUGAAAAAGAACUAAAAAAAAAAAAAUCCUACAUGAUUAUGAAACUGCUAAACACUGAUUAGUUACUUUUCAGUUGUGAGUUUUAUGGUAUAAGUUGCAGGGUAUAUGUGGUGGAAAGGUAGUAUGCCUUGCGUUAGAAACUUCACGUUCUCCUAUCAAUGACGUUCCAGAAUCUUCCAUCCAAGAACUCUUAAAAGACGACUUGAGUCCUCAGAGGAUACUUGAAAGGGUCGAGACAUUCUUUGACUGAUUACUUUUUAAUGGAUGAUUACUUGGAAUGUCCAUGCUCUUCUUGGAUGGAUGUGCUUCUCUGCAUUUCUUUUCUAGCAUGUGCCCAAGCUUCCUUUGUAUUUUCCCAGAAGAAAUAAACUGAUCCGCCCUAGCCCUGCCACUCUGCAUUCCCUCAGCAUUCAUUGCUUUUUCAUUCCUCAUGACUUUUGCUCAAUGUUCAAUUUCCGACAUGUUUCAACAUAGAAACUUGAUGGUUUCACCACAGUGGCAGGUGUUGUGGGUUUGCUUUUGUUUACAUGGAAGAUGAACGUGAUGCUGAGUAUGCAAUUAGAAGACUUGAUAGAACAGAGUUUGGUAGAAAGGGGCGCCGAAUACGUGUCGAGUGGACUAAGCAAGAACGUGAUAGCAGAAGGUCAGGUGAUUCAAGAAGAUCUUCAACUAAUAUGAGACCAUCGAAGACAUUGUUUGUCAUUAAUUUUGAUCCUGUUCACACGAGGACAAGGGAUCUAGAGAGGCACUUUGAUGCAUAUGGGAAAAUAUUGAAUAUAAGGAUAAGAAGGAAUUUUGCUUUUGUUCAGUAUGAAUCCCUGGAGGAUGCCACUAGAGCAUUGGAGGCAACUAACAUGAGCAAGUUGUUGGAUCGGGUUAUUACAGUGGAGUAUGCAAUUAGAGAUGAUGAUGAUGAUAGAAGAAAUGGAUACAGUCCUGAUAGGAGAGGCCGAGACAUAUCCCCUGAUGGGAGGUAUGGUCGUGGUAGAUCACUUAGCCCUUAUCGCAGAGGUAGGGGUAGCCCAGACUAUGGCCAUGGAUCAAAUCCGACUUCCAGAGCAGAACCAAGAGGAAGCCCCAAGUAUGAACGGAAUGAGAGCCCAUUAAAUGGAAGAUAUGACAGCCGAUCACCACCACCCCGCCGUGAGUCCCGUUCCCCAGGAGAGGUUGAAUAGAAAUGUCCUAGAAUAUGUUAGACCUAUUUUCAGUUUGGUUGUAGACUUUCCCCCCUCAUCGUUUGGCAACAGAAAACUUGGCUUGUUUGUUGAUUGCAUGUAUUCCUCUGAAAUCUAUCCAGUUAAAACCCUAAAUGUGAAAAGGUUUAUCAUAUGCUGUCUUUCUCUUCAUUUUUUGUGGGGAUUUUUGUAUUGAGUUAUUUACUCCUAGCCUGGGCAAAGUUGUCAUCUCCAUUGCUAA